CAAAAUAUUAGAUUGCAGUAAACCGAUUGUAAAAAAUGAAAACGCUAAUUUUAUUAAUUUAAAAUGCACGGGAAGGAAGUUAGCGUAACGACGAAUGAAAUGAUAGGAAACAGUAGAAAUUACCAUUUAAAACUUCUCGAUAUGUUCUACAAUCAUGUUCCAGCCUUCACCGACGUGUUUGACGAAGACUCUUGGUAUGUUUUCGUCAUUUGUUUUGUAGCAGGUACUUUUCUGGUGGCAUUUAUUCUUUCGAGAUUCAUAACUAUAAAACCUGUUGAGUAAGAUCGUGUAUAGCGAAUUCAGUUUGCAAGAUGUUUUGUAUUUCCCGUCAAAUUACAUUUCUUCAUGAUUUUUUUCGCGCACCGCAAUCAUGUAAACCUUUCAAUAAAAGGUAUAAUAUAUAAAUUUAAUAUAAACUC